AGAGCUACUUUUACCAGGGCAAAACCGCAAAGCGAAAAUAGAAGAAGACAGACGAGGCUAACUGUUGCCAGUGUUUUAUCGCUGUAGUUGGAUAUUUUUAUUGCGUUUUUCCGUUUGGAUCCACCCUCAAAGCAAAGAUGGGCAAGCGACAGCACCAGAAAGACAAAAUGUAUAUCACAUGUACAGAAUAUACCAACUUCUACGGAGGGAAGCGAGCUGAAAUCCCUCGGGCAAACUUUAAACGGCUUCCAUUUGACCAUUGCAGUUUGUCCCUUCAGCCGUUUGAAUAUCCCGUAUGCACUGAGGAUGGAGUUGUGUUCGACCUGCUGAGCAUUGUUCCUUGGAUUAAGAAGUAUGGAACCAAUCCGAUCUCUGGAGAAAAACUGGAAGCAAAAUCCCUCAUUAAACUUAAAAUUGCAAAGAACAACGAUGGAAAGUAUCACUGCCCUGUUCUCUACAACGUCUUCACAAAUAAUUCCCACAUUGUUGCCAACAAGGUGACUGGAAAUGUGUUUUCCUAUGAGGCCGUCGAGCAACUAAACAUCAAAACCAAGAGUUUCAAAGAUCUGCUGACAGAUGAACCCUUCACAAGAAAGGACAUCAUCACACUCCAGGACCCCACAAACCUGGAUAAAUUCAACGUGUCAAACUUCUUCCAUGUGAAGAACAACCUGAAAAUGUCAGAUGCAGACGAGGAGAAGGCGAGGCAGGAUCCAGCGUAUCACCUGAAGACUACCAACCUGGAAACCAGGGAGACCUUGGCUGAGCUUUACAAAGACUACAAGGGGGAUCAGCUCUUGGCUUCCACCAUGAAGGAGCCAGAAGCCAAGAAGACCGACAAAAUAAAUGCUGCCCACUACUCAACAGGAAGAGUUUCUGCCUCCUUCACAUCUACGGCUAUGACUCCUGCAACGACACACGAAGCAGAUGCCAUUGCCGACGACACGGUUCGUUAUCAGUAUGUGAAGAAGAAAGGUUACGUCCGUCUGCACACCAACGUGGGAGACCUGAACCUGGAGCUGCACUGUGACAAGGUUCCCAAAGCUGGAGAGAAUUUCAUCCGUCUGUGUAAAAAAGGCUACUACGAUGGGACAAUCUUCCACAGGUCCAUCAGAAACUUCAUGAUCCAAGGAGGCGACCCCACCGGUACAGGCACAGGAGGAGAAUCGUUCUGGGGAAAACCCUUCAAAGACGAGUUCCGGCCCAACCUCUCCCACACGGGCCGGGGGGUUCUGAGCAUGGCUAACUCGGGUCCAAACACCAACAAAUCUCAGUUCUUCAUCACGUUUCGCUCCUGCACCUACCUGGACAGAAAGCACAGCGUGUUUGGAAGGGUUGUUGGUGGAUUUGAGACCCUCACAGCCAUGGAGAAAGUAGAGUGUGAUCCUAAAUCAGAUAAACCAAAGUCAGAGAUUAAGAUCAUAAGUGCGACGGUGUUCGUGGACCCAUACGAAGAGGCCGAUGCUCAGAUCGCUGCAGAGCGAGAAAAGGAGCUGCAGAAACAAGAGGAGGAGAAGCAGCUGGUCAGCGUCGCCCUGAAGAAGGCCAAGGAGGAGCAGGCCCCCAAAACCUUCAGGGCAGGAGUGGGGAAGUACAUCAACCCCUCCACUGUAAAACGUCCAGCAGCAGAAGAUGAAAGCGGGCCGUCCACCAGCGGCGCUCCACCCAAGAAGUCCAAAGGAAAGACGAGUUUCGGGGACUUCAGUUCCUGGUAGCAUUGGUUCAACGUGGUUCUGGAUUCAAACGAUCAGAAAAACUCGUUAUUUUUCAUUUCUUAUUAUUUUUGUCUCAGCUUUGUUACUGUUUUCUAAAACUACAUUAAAGCUACUUUUCCCCAAAAA